AUGGUCAAGAAAGGCAAAGGAAAGGACAAGGCCACCGCGCCGGCCCCAGCAGCACAACCUGCUGCUUCAUCGGCCAAAGACGGUGCCAAAGGCAACAAAAAUGGCGGCCCGUCUCCUAUGGAGCAGGCUGCUGGGCCUGUGGCUGGAAAACCGACUGUGAAGCAGAUCAUUGGCGGAUCGUCCUGGACUGGAAAGCUGCCAGUAAACCUUUUCAACGAGUUCUGCCAGAAGCAACAGUGGGAGAAGCCGGUCUACGAUGUCCGGAAAACCCCUGAAGGUUACGCAUGCUUCGUGACUAUUGCUGCGAAGGACCUGAAGACUCGGGAGUUGACGACCUUGGACCCUUUCAAGAUCCAUCCCGACUUCAAGCAUUUGGUCACCAGACCUACCGCGCUGGAGGCGAGGCACUGCGCCGCCACCUAUGCUCUCUUCAGAGUGUGUAGCAUGCAGAACAAGCACACCGUGCUUCCCCCUGACUACAAAUCUCUGUGGAAAGAUUUUCAAGAAAUCAAGAAGCAAGACGUAAAGGACGGCAAGGCUUGGAUGUACGAUGCAGACCCAUUCAAGACACUCAAGGACCGACAAGAUGCCAAAGCCGCCGCGGAGAAGAAACGAAAGGAAGCUGAAGCAGCCAGGGAGAGGGCAAAAACCAGGCCGGGCGCAUCAAGCCUGGUUAUUGGCAAUGGUCCUGGCGGGGCGAAUUUGAUGAAGGGAUGGACCGAAGCUCCCAAGAUUGAAAUGGGCAAGCGCUCGAGGACACAGAUCGAAGCUCUCAUUCAGAAAUACGUGGUCUGGAAUCCCAACAAGGUCCAAAUGUCUGCUGCUAUGCGGAAGAGCAUCAUUGAUGAGCUAAGCAAGCUGGCAUUCAGACGGAGCCAUGUGGAAGAAGCAACGGAAAUCUGUAAAGACCGCGAAGAGACCCUCGAGUGGCUGUUGAUUCAUGUUCCCGAGGAUGAUUUGCCACCGUGGGCACUGCCUGAGAGUUACGCGGCAGGCAUCUCGGUCGCUUCGAUGGAUCUCAAGAAGGAAGCCGCGAUCAAACGUUUAUCGGAGUCAGGUUACGCCCUCGACUUGUGUGCGCGGGUUUUCGAGGAGGCCGGCAACAGCGAGGCUAGAGCGGCUGAAAUGCUGCAACAACGCCUCAUCGGACAAGUCUCGGCAGACGCGCCUAUGAAGGCAGACGAUCUGCUGUAUCCAGGUAUGACGGCUGAGGAGCUUUGGGAAGACGAAGUGACUGCCAUGGAGUCGUCUUUUGGCGACCACUUCAAAAAGAUUGAUCCCGACAUCAUCCAGGUCAAGUUGGAGUCAGUCAAAAACGGGAGCAAGUCCGUUGAUGCUGCUAUCAGAGUGCGAAAGUCACCUAAUUACCCUGCCCAACUAGUCUUUUCCGUCGUUGCCCAGCUGCCAGCGCAGAUCAAGCUGUCCAUCAUCAAGCAAACCAUUGCGUAUCUGGACGAGUCGUAUCGCGAGGAGCCUAUGAAGAUCUUCGUGGCCAUCGACCGGAUCCAACAAAACAUCAACGACAUCAUAGAACGACCUGGAAAGUUGCUCGAUAUUGCUGCUGUUGCCUCUACUGCUUCAGAGGUCCCGAGUGACUCCCGGCCUCGCAGAACUGGGCCUCGAUCCCAGCGGCCCCCAAAGCCGAUUAUGUGGAAGCCUGAUCCUCGAACCCGCGAAGAGUGGCUCAAGAGACAGGAGGAUCCGUCAUGGCAGAAGAUGAUAUCCAAGCGAAAGACACUUCCAGCCUGGCAAGUUCAAGAAGACAUCGUGCGUAUCGUAGAUGAGAACCACGUUACGAUCAUCAGUGGUGAAACUGGUUCAGGAAAGUCAACGCAGUCAAUGCAAUUCAUCCUGGACGAACUAUACAGCAGAGGCCUGGGAAACUGUGCCAACAUGCUCGUCACACAGCCCAGAAGAAUCUCUGCACUUGGCUUGGCCGACCGUGUAGCAGAGGAGCGGUGCACCAGAGUCGGAGAUGAAGUUGGAUACGCCAUUCGUGGAGAGAAUCGCAGAAGCAACCAGACUCGCAUAACGUUUGUGACGACUGGUGUGCUUCUCAGGAGACUGCAAACAUCCGGUGGCCGGAUUGAAGACGUCAUUGCCUCUCUUGCAGAUGUCAGUCACAUUGUUAUUGACGAAGUCCACGAACGCAGCCUGGAUACAGAUUUCCUUCUGACCAUUGUGAGAGAGGUCCUGAAGACGCGAAAGAACCUCCUGAAGUUGGUGCUCAUGAGUGCUACGUUAGACGCCGCCUCUUUCAAGAGCUACUUCACGUCACAGGGUCUCAGCGUCGGCUUGGUAGAAAUCUCUGGCAGGACGUAUCCCGUCGAAGAUUACUACCUGGACGAUAUCAUCGGUUUAACGGGUCUCGGCGGCGAUGUUGGCGACUUUGACGACGCGCGAGGCGACUCGAUGGGAAAGACCAUUCAAAAGCUGGGCGCUCGUAUCAACUACAGUCUCCUCAACGAGACAGUGAGAGCCAUUGACUCGGAACUUUCCUACGCUCAGAAGUCGGGCGGCAUUCUCGUGUUUCUGCCUGGUGUCGCGGAAAUCAACCAGACAUGCAGAGCGCUCCAGUCGAACUCCUCACUGCAUGUGCUCCCCCUCCAUGCGUCUUUGGAGACGAAAGAGCAGAAACGCGUAUUUGCUGCACCACCAGGAGGGAAGAGAAAGGUUGUGGUCGCUACAAACGUUGCCGAGACAUCUAUCACCAUCGACGACAUCGUUGCUGUGAUCGAUAGUGGCAAGGUGAAGGAGACCACCUAUGAUCCUGUUAACAACAUGCGGAAGCUCGAGGAGAAUUGGGCCUCCCAGGCAGCAUGCAAACAGCGCCGUGGUCGUGCAGGCAGAGUUCAAGCUGGCAAAUGCUACAAGCUCUACACACGAAACCUUGAGCAACAAAUGGCAGAACGACCAGAGCCUGAGAUCAGGCGAGUGCCUCUGGAGCAGAUGUGUCUCUCGGUUCGUGCCAUGGGUAUGAGGGACGUGGCUGCAUUCCUUGCCCGGUCACCCACUCCCCCUGAAGGCACUGCUGUUGAAGGAGCAAUCAAGCUUCUGCAAAGAAUAGGCGCUAUGGAUGGGGAAGAAAUGACCGCCUUGGGCCAGCAGCUCGCCAUGAUUCCUGCAGACCUUCGAUGCGCGAAACUUAUGGUUUAUGGCGCCAUUUUUGGAUGUUUGGAUGAUUGUGUAACUAUCGCGGCUAUACUCAGCACCCGCAGUCCGUUCUUGUCACCUUCCGAAAGGAGGAAUGAAGCGAAGGAGGCGCGAAUGCGGUUUUCGAAGGGCGACGGUGAUCUUCUCACCGACCUCGAGGCUUUCCGGCAUUGGGAACAGAUGAGAUACGACGGUGUAGGCCAGCGGCAACUGCGGUCUUUCUGCGACGAGAACUUUCUCUCGUAUCUGACGCUCAAUGAUAUCUCGGCUACGCGGAUGCAGUACUACUCGGCCCUUCGAGAGAUUGGCAUUGUCGGAUCAAAGGAUGUCAACUCUUUGCAAAGCCAGAGUAGAUCCGGAAUGACGCUACUCCGCGCGCUCACGGCUUCAGCGUUCAGCCCGCAAAUCGCGCGUAUCCAGUAUCCUGACAAGAAAUUCACUAGCACGGUUUCAGGCGCCAAGGAGUUGGAUCCCGAGGCACGAAUGAUCAAAUACUUUUCGCAAGAGACUGGACGGGUGUUUGUGCACCCAAGCAGUACGCUAUUUGACAGCCAGGGAUUCUCCGGUAACGCGACAUUCAUGUCUUACUUCACCAUGAUUUCUACAAGCAAGACGUUCAUUCGAGACCUCACACCUUUCAACUCCUAUACCCUGCUCUUGUUCUCGGGAGCAAUCACACUGGAUACCCUAGGAAGAGGCUUGAUAGUGGAUGAAUGGGUGCGGCUCCGAGGCUGGGCGCGACUAGGGGUCCUGGUAUCGAGGCUUCGUGGUAUGGUUGAUGACGUUAUUGCGCUGAAGAUUGAGAAUCCAGGACUGGACCUCACAGACAACGAAGUUAUUCAAAUGGUUGGAAAGCUGAUAGAGUUGGAUGGGCUAGACGCAUGA